UCAUGACAUCAGUGUUUGCAGAUCAGUCGCUGCUGCACUGAGAGAGCACUUAACCUGCUGUCGUUGUCUUCUUUGUUACUUCCAGCAGACUCAUUUCCUUCACAAUUUGGGAUUUUUAUCAUCAAGCACUGGUUAGACACCACCUCCAGGUUUUCAACACAGAUUUUGGUGUUGAAGCUCAUAAGAUCCUACAAGAGUUGCACUUCAAGGUUUGGAGUCAUGCAGAAGACACACAGUGAAGGUGUUUGGGCUGAUGGAGCUCCCCAGCGUCUCUCCUGGAGCGGCCUGGUGCAGAAACUCAGCAGCAGUAACAGCAUCGACUCUGAUUCUGAACACAGUGGCACAGAUGAUGGUUCAGACACUGGUUCCGUAUCUCUUUCCGACUUGUCCCCUCUGGACGCUGACAUGUUCUACGACCCGUCCGAGGAGAGCCUGUGUAAAGAAGUAGUCCAACAGAUUGCUCUUAGCUUGAUUGAAGCGAAAGAUUGCACACUGCAUUGCUCCAAACUUCUCAUCCCCCACAAGCUGCUGGAGCACAUAGGGACCGAACUGGUGCAGCUGGCGGCGAGCGAGCCAUGCGGCCUCCGGGGGGCGCUCAUCGAUCUUUGUGUGCAGCAGGGAGAGACGUUUCACAGCGUAAGUCAGAUUGCUGCUGACCCCUGCCUCGUACCCACCUUCCAGCUCACGCUCAUCCUCAGGCCAGAGUCCGGGGGCAUCUGGCCGAAGAUCCAGGGCUUGUUUACUGCAAAGUCCUCAUUGACUCCCCUGAGAGGUGCCCUGAAACUCCGAACUGGCUUUAGAGUGAUCAAAAGAAAACUGUACAGCUCUGAAGAACUGCUUAUUGAAGAAUGUUGAGCCCUAAGGACCGAAUCUGGACAUUUCCGAGGCAUUCUGGCUCUGUUAGGUCACCGUUUUAGUGAUCCGAGAGCUGUCCGAAACCAAGGAUGACUUCAAGUGACUACUGUAUGUCAAUCGACUUUAUAUUGAAGAUGUAACCAGAUAUUGCAGGUCUCACUUCUGUCACCAGGGUGUUUAUACAAAAAGAGAAUAGGGUACAAAAAUAUAAACACAUUCUUUUAUUCACUGAUUGCUGUAUGUAUAUUUAGAUACUGCAUUCAUAUUGCACUUCUUUCAGUGCAAUUUUUGAACGUCUGGUGCAGUUUUGUUGACUGUUUUGAAAUGUUUACCUCACUUUUUAUUUUAUUUCUUGAAACUGACUGGCAGCUAUCUCUUCAACCUGGUCAUGUGUCAUAAAUCUUUUUUUUUUUUUUUAAAUCCAGCGAGCACCGUUUCAUGAUCUAAGUUUAAUCUUUUAGUUACAAAUGUACUUUUGGCAUCUUGAUUGCUUUUAAACACGUCAUGCAUAUUCACUUGUGCAUCAUUUAUUUAUUUGAUAUUCAAAUACUGUUGCGUUUUAUACGUGCAUUAAGGAAACACAGAAAAUAAAUUAUUUUUUGAAGAA